AUGGCAGAGGACAUGAAGACCUUCCCCCUUUUCUUUGAGGGGGCCCGGAUACCUAACCAUAUCAUGAAGAAAAUAACGAAACAAUUACUAUCUGCCCUGGAAUACGCACAUGCUUGUGGUGUCAUCCACACAGACAUCAAACAAAGUAACAUUAUGGUGAAAUUCCGAAAUCCAGCUAUAAUCGAUAAGUAUUUGGAAGAUUCCUUGUCAAACCCAGCUGCCGAUCUUGGAGAGUACAACUUCGAUGAUGCUUCUGAGUUGGUUCAGGCGGAUGUUGUACUAGGUGACUGGGGAUCGGCGAGUUGGGUCGAGAAGCAUCUGACAGACUUCAUUCAGCCUACAUUACUUCGCGCGCCUGAGGUUAUACUUGGGGCACCCUGGGGAACCAAAGUAGAUAUUUGGAAUCUAGGCGCCCUUCUACCCGAGCUUCUGGAUGCCUUACGCAUGUUCAAUGGUAGGGCGGAUGUUACAGGGGGUGUUUACCUUACCAAGCAUCACUUGGAGGAAAUUGAAGCCCUGUUUGGUCCUUUUCCCCCCGAGUUGUUGCAAUCUGGAAAGCCGCAAAUUGUUCAACAGUUUUUCGACAAGGAGUUCAACUUCCGUAAUUGGACCCAGAGACCACCAGCGGUACUGGAGCGAUGGAUCGAGAGUAUUGGUGGCCUCGAAAAAUCCAAUUUCCUUUCAAUGAUACGCUCUAUGUUGGUUAUCGAUCCAGAACAGCGAAUGACCGCUCUUUCUCUUCAAGAUGCGCCGUGGCUUAGUACAUAG